GGAAAGGCCGAUUCUGAUGAAAGCGUCGGUUUAGCGGGAGGCGGUCGGUAAGGCGUAUUAUGUUGGUUCCUCUAAUCAUCAUGACGCAGUUGCGACGGCACUUACGAGGUUGUCGGCGACGAUGUCGACGGGCUCAGAGCAUUCGUUAUCCACGUCACGACACCGGAAAGAUCUUCCAUGUCACUGUGUCGUCUCAGGUGGAUGACUUGAAUUCAUGCUAUUCACGCGGACUCGAGGUAACGAGGGGUUGACACUGUCGAAACUGCUCGUCUCCGGUUACAACUGUCACUGAUAGGCUACAUCCAAACAAAAGAUGGUCGAGUAGCACCAAGUCAUCCAGACAGUUUCUGUACGUGGACGCUUUGACAAUUCCCAUCAAAAUUUGCAUGCUUCAUACCACGAUGGCGUUCAGUUGUCGCCAUUGUGGAGACACCUUCGAAUUUCUCCGGCCUGACAAGGGCCGCCCAAAGAUCGUGGGGAGGCAGAAGCGCAUAAAACGAGCUUAACCAAAAGCGUUAGAUUCUGGAUUCUGAUUUACCCUUACACUUGCACUUACAAACAGGUGUACUUAUCGGCAAUUAUUCGAACUGACUCGUCGUGAUUGGUGCCUAUACUCGGAAAAAGAAGUCGGAUAAGAAUAACGGCGUGCCUCGCGGCACAGAAUGGAAGAGCCAAUAGGGAGCCUGAAGGCUAUUCGUGAGUAGUUAUGAGCGGGCGAUUGAAAUGUUGACCGCCAUAGGAGUUGUUGAAUGUGAUCAUAAAUGCCGGUGGCUACCGAAAAAUGAAAAAUGAAACGAUCGACGUCCAACGCAACCUGGGUCUUGUCAACGUCCACAGUGCGCUUGCUGCGCAUCUACCCAUCGACGCUAUCCAUGUCUUUAAAACACCCCCCUUUUCAGCUCACUCAUGUCACGGUAGCUCAACGACGACCAUGAAACUAUACCAAACCACAUCAUGGGCUUGGAACGCCAUGACCAACAACACCUAUUACGACGACCAUACUCAUAAUCAUAUCGUCUAUAAAGUCCAUACCCCAUUCAAAUUCUCCAACCGAACCACGACCAUCACGAAAACUAGAGAAUCCGAACACGAACACGUCCUGCCCCCCCUCAACCAACCACAACCAGCUCACGCGGGUUCGGCGUACGAACCCGGCGGAGAAUCAUACAACCUCGUCGAACUCCAUACAGAUUCCUCCGGGUUAAAGCGCCGCAAAUCGGAAGUUGGGAGUCUUACGGCCAGUAUUGACGUCGAUAGGAAGAGUGUUGAUGUUGAUGAUGUUGACGUUGAUGAUCACCAGACGCUCGUGAAUGGCGAAUCUGGAGUAGCUACCUCCUCGUCGACAUCACUUGGAGUAGGACCUAGUAGUAGCUCAGGCUCUCCACGUAUCUUUGAGUACCUCGCUCAGAUCGAUUGGAGAUUAUUCUCGAGUUCUAAAUUCAGACUGGGAGAUGGACAGGAAAUCGAAGCGAAGGCAUUUUUUAGGAAACAAGGGUGGGGUCCCUAUGGAAGGCAUAGAGUGUUCACUGCUAAAGAUGGACGAGAGUACAAGUGGUAUUUGCGUUAUUGGCAUUCGGAGCUCGCUCUAAACAACGAAGAGAAGACACCGGUAGCAAAGUUCAAUCGCAGAUCCAUCCAUAAAUCUCUUUUUGGUAAACCUUCCUCAGGCUCCGCCUAUCUCGAGAUAUUCCCGGCUGGUGAACAUAUGGUGGACGAGAUCUUUGUUACUUUUAUUUAUAUCGAAAAGUUGAGGAAAGAGAAGGAGAGAGCUGCGAGGCCGAAAGGUGGAGGUGGGCCGUGAGCGCAUUUUUUUUCUGUACGUAGCAGAUGUAUGGUACACUUGCUAGUAGGAACAUUAACAUUAAUUUUAAUUUCUCGCCUUCAAGUUUGUGUUAAAUUGAUUUCCCUCAAGCGGC